AUGGAAGCUGAUGCUCAAAAUCAAGUAUCAGAGGAGCUUCAAAAAGUUCUGCUCUCAACUGACCUAUCGUUAUUAAAAUGUUCAUUUGAUGAUAGAGAUAGACACGAUGGAUCUACUGCUGAACAAAAAUAUGAAGAGGAACUCGAUUUAGACGAGCAUACUUUCAAUAAAUGGACGCCCUUGCUUCGAACGGCUAUUGAAAAUGAAGCUCUUCCGGUGGUUGUUGAUGAGCUGUACAAUUCAAUCGAGGGGAAUUUCGAAAAUUUAGAGAACCAAAUACUUCAAGAUUCGCAAUUGACUGACAACCUGACAGUGUCGGUGAACCAGAUUUCUUCAAUAAAAGAAAUCAUCGAGCAAUCUCUCUUGCGGGAGACUGAGGAUUUACGUGUCCAGCUGGCGCAGACCACCAACGAUGUGAUAACAAGAAAACAAAACUACAUUAAUAACAAGAAAACGUCCACUAAGAUUUCAGAGUCUAUUAUAUUAAUCAGGAAGAUUCUUCAAAUAUUAGAGCUAUCUAAUAAGUGUCAAGACCUCAUAAAAGAUGGGAGUUACUUCAAAGCACUGCAAAGUCUUGGGGGACUGGAAAAAAUAUACGUCCAAGACUUCAAGAACUAUAACUUUGAUUUCUUGAAGACGAUAUACGCAUCUAUUCCGGUUCUUAAAUCAAAGAUCAAAGAUGAGAGUAUUAAUAUGGUAAAGAGCUCCUUCAAUUCUAACCUAGAGAAGAAAUUGGUGACUGUGGGCCACAAAUACUUCGACUUUUACAAGGGUACACUGCUUUCCGAUUGGAUAAACUCUAAAAACGACAUGAAGCUAGGAUCUUACAAAUUCAACUCUCCUGUGGAGAUUUCAUUGAGGCAUUCCGAAAAAAUGGGGAGUAUGAAUGCUGCAACCAUUUUUCCGCUGGACGAAUUUUAUGACAGCAUUUUGAUAUUUCAGAAUCUAAAGGAAGUUGAUUACUUAUGCAACGAGUUUAGAAAAGAGUAUAAUUUCAGAAUCUCGAAAGUUGUAUAUCCGCUGGACCUAAAAGCUAGCAGCUCGUCCAAUACCGUCGACCAGAGGACGAAAGUGGCAGCAUCUUUUGGUGACAAAUUCUCGAUAGAUCAGUUGAAAGAGUAUCUGUUGAGAAUUUUAGGCUUUGUCAUUUACGACAAGCACUUAAACAAAUCAACGGAAUAUAUCCUUUCUUACAACUCCAUGAGUACAAGUGAGGAUUUUUGGGACACAUUUAUUACAAGAUUUUCACCAUUUCUGGAGCACUUCGUCGCAAUGAAAGGGGAUUCUGAAGAUUGUUUGAUCGAACUGAAAGACUUUUUGGGCAUUUACAUCGCAAUUUUGGAAAACUUGAAUGUAAAUGUAGACCAGAUCUACAAAGUUCAAGUUCUACUAUUCAAGAAAUAUGCCGCACUUCUUUUCCAAGUAUUCAAGACUGAGUUCUCAACUCUUCUCGCGGACGAUGAUUUCAUGCCCUUGACGAUCAACGACGAAGGCCUAUAUGACAAGGUGCUCAAAAUUUGCUGGCUGAAAGAUGACGAACUUGAAAGGCCACGGACGUCUGAAGGCAAUACUGGCGAGCCCUUCUUUGCAACGUUACCUUUUUCACCUCUAUACCCGAUGUCUUGUACAUUGGCGAAAAAAACCUACAAUAAGCUAAUUGUGUUUCUCAGCGAAUUUUACAGAUAUGACUUGGGCGAGCUCAGUAAUGUCAUCGUACACACUAUCGAUGACAUUUUUGGGAAAGUUGUCAAUGAUAAAAUUGGUUCCAAGCUUGAUACAACGUCGAGGGAGGAGAUUGCACAAAUCCUUAUCAACUUGGAUUAUUUUAUCGUUGCGGUGAAAGAGUUUAGUAAGAUCUUGAGCAGGGAGAAUAUAACUCACAACCCAGAUGUUGAGUUGGCACUAAGGUCUGUAAAGCUGCUGAGCGACUCCCGGAGCAACUCAGAAACAAAAUUGAUUGAGCUGAUAGACUCUAAAAUCUCCGACCUCAUGGAGUUUGUCGAGUUUGAAUGGACUUCAGCCAGAGUUGAUAGUGAGCCAAGUUUUUCAAUUAAGGAUAUCGCUCAGUUCUUGGAAAUGAUGUUCACAUCAACAUUAGUCAAUCUCCCGGACAGCGUCAAGACGCUUUUGGUUUUCCGUGAAUUCGAUGCUCUCACGAGGCGGUUUUUGGAUGUUCUUCUGCACUAUAGCCCUUCAGCAAUAACCCCCCAAAGCGUGUUGAGUUUUGAGCUUAAUAUGAAUUUUCUGGAAGGUAUUAUUUCGAAACUGUUUCCUGACGAUGAGAAUCUUCCACCAACGCCGACAAGCCCGGAUUUAGGUGCUAUACACUUUCCAGAAAACCCCAGGUCCUCAAAUUUGAUAGACAAUACUAUUAGAUCUCUGCAUUCCACUUUCACAGACCUUAAGCAGCAUAUCCAAUUUUUAAAGUCCCCAGACAUUAACGAAUACAAAGAUCCAAGUAUACGAAUGAGGAAAUACCCUCGCAUUAAGCCCGAGGUUGCUCAAAUGCUUCAUAACAAGAUGGUGCCUCCUACGUCUGCAGGUACCGAUAGUCCCAAUUCGUCGUCUGUGGAUCAGAGUUUCGCGGACUCCAUCAGCUCCCAUAAGCGAAUAGCCAAGUUUUUCAAUCGAGCAUAA